AAAGGGGAGGGGACGCGGCCUGCAUGUAAGCGGAACACACAGAGUACAGCGCUGCGCGAUCUGGCAACUGACAGGAAGGGGUAGUCCACGGUUCGAAACAUUUCCAUAUACUUUUUUUCCAAGAAGCUGCAAAAGUCACAUCUCCACCUUUUCCAGGACUGCGGUAGUCGCGCAAGGAACCCGAAAUGUUCCGCUUGCGGCUGUUGUCAGCUGCCGCGCUGGGGUUGGCGCAGUUGUCACGGCGAUACCACGCUGGUUCUGCGCAGGGUGCCAGUCGGCGGAGGCUCAUGCUCGCCGCCCUGGUGGGCGUGACCGGGGCGUCGGCCAGCGCGGGGCUCCUCUGGACAAGGGCGAACGCGGAAUCGGGGUCGUCCGUCAGGCACGAGGAGAGGGCGGACCCCGAGGAGGCGGGGCCUGCCAAGGAGGCGGAGUCCGAGGAGGAGGAGUCGGAGGGCGCGGUGGAGGCCAGCAGCGGCGACGAGGACCAGGAGGCGGGCUCGGACGAGAAGAAGAAGAAGCCGCGAUCCGGUUUCCGCGACCGCAAGGUGAUGGAGUAUGAAAACAGGAUCCGGGCAUACUCCACGCCAGAUAAGAUCUUCCGUUACUUUGCCACUCUGAAGAUCAUCAGCGAGCACGGCGAUGCUGAGGUCUACAUGACACCCCAGGACUUUGUGCGCUCCAUCACCCCCAACGAGAAGCAGCCAGAGAAUUUGGGUCUGGAUCAGUUCCAGGUGAAACGGUUUGACGGAAAGAAAAUCGCACAGGAACGGGAGAAGUUUGCAGACGAAGGCAGCAUCUUCUACAGGCUGGGCGAGUGUGGACUCAUCUCCUUCUCUGACUACAUCUUCCUGACCACCGUGCUUUCCACUCCCCAGAGGAACUUCGAGAUCGCCUUCAAGAUGUUCGACCUGAACGGAGACGGAGAAGUGGACAUGGAGGAGUUUGAGCAGGUCCAGAGUAUAAUCCGCUCGCAGACCAGCAUGGGCAUGCGCCACCGCGACCGCUCCACGACGGGAAACACGCUGAGGACGGGCGGCUGCAGCUCCGCCCUCACCACCUACUUCUUCGGCGCCGACCUGCGGGGAAAGCUGACCAUCAAGAGCUUCCUGGAGUUUCAGAGGAAGCUGCAGCACGACGUGCUCAAACUGGAGUUUGAGCGGAACGAUCCGGUGGACGGGCGGAUCACAGAGAGGCAGUUUGGAGGCAUGCUGCUGGCCUACAGCGGAGUUCAGUCCCGAAAACUCAAAGUCAUGCAGAAAGGACUGAAGAAGAUGUUUAAGGAUGGCCAAGGCAUCAACUUCGAGGAGGUGGAGAACUUUUUCACUUUCCUGAAGAACGUGAACGAUGUGGACACAGCCCUGAGUUUCUACCACAUGGCAGGGGCCUCCAUCGACAAAGCGACCAUGAAGCAGGUGGCUCGCACGGUGGCGAAGGUCGAGCUGUCGGACCAUGUGUGUGACGUGGUGUUUGCGCUCUUCGACUGUGAUGGUAACGGGGAGCUGAGCAAUAAAGAGUUCAUCGCCAUUAUGAAGCAGCGUUUGAUGAGGGGGCUGGAGAAACCCAAGGACAUGGGCUUCACCCGGCUGGUGCGUGCCAUGUGGAAGUGCGCCCAGGACACUGCCUGGGACUUCGCUUUGCCCAAGCAGCAUUAGGGCGGGGCGGGGCGGGGUGAGGCGAGGCGGGGCAGGCGGGAGAGCGCAGGGUGGGAGGGGCGGAGUCGGAGACUUCAGUCAGCCAGCUUCUAAAGGUGACCUCCUCCACACACUUCCUCCCUACCCCCCAGGUUAAAAAGCAAGACGCAUCAUUAUCCAAUUGAACUCGUUAAAAUGGUAAUUCUGGUAAGAACAAUUGAUCGUGCGGGCGUGGCGCUGCGGAUAACGAUUUCAGCUGCAGCUGGAGAGCGCUGGUGUGGCGGAGGCUGCUUCUCCGAGCUUUCUGGGGGCCCCUCUGCGCUGAAGACACUAUGGUUUAUGGGACAGUGUAACGAUAGCAGCGUACUCUGAGGUAGCCUGGCAGGUCUAGCUAAUAUCCCGCUCUCUCCGGUGGGGGGGCCAGUCCUGCGGUUUGGCGGGGAGAGUACACUUCGUACGGCUUCUUCAGGCUGCUUUGGGAUCGUUCUCUGUGUACACUGAUAUUUACCCAGAAUGCUUUACGUUGUUAAUAUAUUAUACAGUAAAGUGUACCGCUGUAAGUGAAUGCGUUUCUAAGACUGUAAAAAGGCUCUAUUAAAAUGUUUUUUUCCUAAAAAAA